GGCCAGGCAGACUCCCCGGCUCUGACCCAGGAGAAUCUCAACGACCCAGACUUCAUCAGGCUCUGGUUCCAGAUCAAACUGAAGCCCCUGCUUCCCUCCGUCCCUCCCAGCCUUCUCUCCUGCCUCAGCACCAAGAACUUCACCUGCCCCGUCUACCAAGCCCUUGUGGGGGAGCUGAGUGAACAAAUGAAGCUGAUGGACCAGGAGGACGAGCAGAUGUAUGAAAUGCACGGUCACAUGAUCUACAAACAAUUCCUGUUGCCCUUCCUGUUGAAUCACAACUCCUCAGACCCACAGUGCAUCUCUUCAGCCAGUAGCAGUGCAGACUGGCUGAUCAAGAACUUUGGUGGAUUCUCUGCAUUCGCUCCUCUGAGGGAUUUCUAUGAUCUAAAUGGUCAUUUCUCUGCUUUGUCAGCCCUGGAGGUUCUCUCUCCAAAGCAGACUGCAGAGCUGGUGGUGUUUGCCUCUUCCUGGUCUUCCAGGGAAAGCUGUCAUCAUCAACACAGUGUUUGACUACCUGACUGAGUCACCAAAGGAGAGGAAACUCCCUGACUUCCUGUACCACCUCAUAAGGCUGUCUGCGGAGAUAACAAUGCCCUGCAAAUCCUACAAAAUCAUCUUUGAGCGUCUGUACCAGGCCUUAUCGUCUGUACCUCCAGAGAUGGAACCAGUUGUCUGGGCCAACAUAGACAACCUGAUGCAGACCGCUCCAGAAGGUUGUGGAUUGGAUGAACAGUGCCCAUCAACACCAUUUAAUUAUACCAGAGUCUGUGCUGGAGUCAACAGCUAUCCACUACAACACCACCUGCACAUGGGGAAUAUGACAGAAGUUCUAUGCAAUUUCAGCUUGGAACAGUAUGCUUGUUCACAGCUGAAAGACUUCACUGCAGAACACCUGGUGUCUCUUCUGAAAUGUAAACUGCCUGGCAACUCCUCUCACUCGAAAGAGACCUGGAAGGUUCUCCUCACCAAACUGACCUCUGUCUUAGACCAAGCUCUGGACAUGUUCUCCAAUAUGUCCAAACCUGUCAUUGGCCCAGCACUAUCCCAGGUGCUAGAUGUGAUUGGAGAGAUCCGGGUCAACAGACUGACUGAGGAUCAGCUGAGAGACAUUGAUGUCAUCAGGAAGUGGUUCUCUGGGCGUCUGAGACUGUUCCUGCCGUCUGCAUCAGGAGCGUUUCUGCACUGCCUCAGCACCAAGAACCUGAGCUGUGACACGUAUCAACAGAUACUGAGGGAGUUCAGCAAUCAAUUCGACCAAAUGGACCAGAUGAGACAAGAGCUGGUGGUCAAAUACUUCAUCCAGCCCUUCCUGACCAAAAACUCCUCAGACUCUGGCUGUGUGUCCAACUCUAACAGCAGUGUGGACUGGCUGCAGAAGAACUUGGGGCCAUUCUCAGUUCUUGUGUCCCUCAGGGACCUGCUAGAAUUCAACACAGACUUCUCUCCUUUGUCAGUCCUGGAGGUUCUCUCUCCAAAGCAGACAGCAGAGCUGCUGGUGUUGCCUCUUCCUGGUCUUCCAGGGAAAGCUGUCAUCAUCAACACAGUGUUUGACUACCUGUCUAUGUCACCAAAGGAGAGGAAACUCCCUGAGUUCCUGUACUACCUCGUCAGGCUCUCUGAAGAGAUGAUGCUACCAUGCGAUAGCUUUAAGACCAUCUUUGAGCGUCUGUACCAGGCCUUACCGUCUGUACCUCCAGAGAUGGAACCAGUCAUUCAGGCCAUUAUAGACAACCUGAUGCAGACCGCUCCAGCAGAUUGCUUGCCGAUGAAUAUGAAGUGUCCAAUAACACCAGCGAACGAUAGCAGAGUCUGUGAAGGAAAUGCCAGUGAUUCACUACAAAGUUAUUUGGCGACAUCAAAUACAGCGAACGUGCCCUGUAACUUUUCCCUGGAGGAGUAUGCCUGUGCAUCGCUGACAAACUUCACUGCAGAACACCUGGUGUCUCUUCUGAAAUGUAAACUGCCUGGCAACUCCUCUCACUCUAAAGAGACCUGGAAGGUUCUCCUCACCAAACUGACCUCUGUCUUAGACCAAGCUCUGGACAUGUUCUCCAAUAUGUCCAAACCUGUGAUUGGCCCUGCAGUAUCCCAGGCACUGGAUGUGAUUGGAGAGAUCCGGGUCAACAGGCUGACUGACGAUCAGUUGAGAGACAGUGAUGUCAUCAGGAAGUGGUUCUCUGGGCGUCUGAGACUGUUCCUGCCGUCUGCAUCAGGAGGGUUUCUGCACUGCCUCAGCACCAAGAACCUCAGCUGUGACACGUAUCAACAGAUACUGAGGGAGUUCAGCAAUCAAUUUGACCAAAUGGACCAGAAGAGACAAGAGCUGGUGGUCAAAUACUUCAUCCAGCCCUUCCUGACCAAAAACUCCUCAGACUCUGGCUGUGUGUCCAACUCUAACAGCAGUGUGGACUGGCUGCAGAAGAACUUGGGGCGGUUUUCAGUCCUGCUGUCCCUUAGCGACCUGUUGAAACUCAACACAGACUUCUCUCCGUUGUCAGCCCUGGAGGUUCUCUCUCCAAAGCAGACUGCAGAGCUGGUGGUGUUGCCUCUUCCUGGUCUUCCAGGGAAAGAUGUCAUCAUCAACACAGUGUUUGACUACCUAUCUAAGUCACCAAGGGAGAGGAAACUCCCUGAGUUCUUGUACCACCUCUCCAGGCUGUCUGUGGUGACUCCAGUCGGCUGCCCAGUUUACCAGACCAUUUUUGUGAGGCUGUACCAAGCCAUGUCAGCAUUGCCUCAAGAGAUGGAGCCAAUCAUCUGGGCCAGUGUUUAUGACCUCACAGAAUCUGCACCAAUGGAUUGUGCUCUGGUACCAGUUAACCAACAGUGUCCAGUGUCAUCGCACAAUGCAACAAGAAUCUGUGCCAGUGUUGACAGUUCAUCUCUACAACAGCUCUUGGACUCUGGGAUCUCAACGGGACGUCUAUGUGACUUCAGCAUCAAACAAUACGCCUGCUCACAGCUGAAAGACCUCACAGCUGAGAACCUGGUCACACUGCUGAAAUGUAAACUAUCAGAGAACAACACAUACUCCAAAGAGACCUGGAAGCUGUUCUUCACUAAAGCUUCUGCAGUUCUGGAUCAGGCUCUUGUACUUCUCUCCAACCAGUCUGAGCCUGUGAUUGGCCCAGCACUAUCCCAGGUGCUGGAUGUGAUUGGAGAGAUCAGGGUCAACAGACUGACUGAGGAUCAGCUGAGAGAUAGUGUUGUCAUCAGGAAGUUGUUCUCUGGGCAUCUGAGACCGUUUCUGCCGUCUGCAUCAGAAGGGUUUCUGCACUGCCUCAGCACCAAGAACCUCAGCUGUGACACGUAUCAACAGAUACUGAGGGAGUUCAGCAAUCAAUUCGACCAAAUGGACCAGAAGAGACAAGAGCUGGUGGUCAAAUACUUCAUCCAGCCCUUCCUGACCAAAAACUCCUCAGACUCUGGCUGUGUGUCCAACUCUAACAGCAGUGUGGACUGGCUGCAGAAGAACUUGGGGCGGUUUUCAGUCCUGCUGUCCCUUAGCGACCUGUUGAAACUCAACACAGACUUCUCUCCGUUGUCAGCCCUGGAGGUUCUCUCUCCAAAGCAGACUGCAGAGCUGGUGGUGUUGCCUCUUCCUGGUCUUCCAGGGAAAGAUGUCAUCAUCAACACAGUGUUUGACUACCUGUCUAAGUCACCAAGGGAGAGGAAACUCCCUGAGUUCUUGUACCACCUCUCCAGGCUGUCUGUGGUGACUCCAGUCGGCUGCCCAGUUUACCAGACCAUUUUUGUGAGGCUGUACCAAGCCAUGUCAGCAUUGCCUCAAGAGAUGGAGCCAAUCAUCUGGGCCAGUGUUUAUGACCUCACAGAAUCUGCACCAAUGGAUUGUGCUCUGGUACCAGUUAACCAACAGUGUCCAGUGUCAUCGCACAAUGCAACAAGAAUCUGUGCCAGUGUUGACAGUUCAUCUCUACAACAGCUCUUGGACUCUGGGAUCUCAACGGGACGUCUAUGUGACUUCAGCAUCAAACAAUACGCCUGCUCACAGCUGAAAGACCUCACAGCUGAGAACCUGGUCACACUGCUGAAAUGUAAACUAUCAGAGAACAACACAUACUCCAAAGAGACCUGGAAGCUGUUCUUCACUAAAGCUUCUGCAGUUCUGGAUCAGGCUCUUGUACUUCUCUCCAACCAGUCUGAGCCUGUGAUUGGCCCAGCACUAUCCCAGGUGCUGGAUGUGAUUGGAGAGAUCAGGGUCAACAGACUGACUGAGGAUCAGCUGAGAGACAGUGUUGUCAUCAGGAAGUUGUUCUCUGGGCAUCUGAGACCGUUUCUGCCGUCUGCGUCAGAAGGGUUUCUGCACUGCCUCAGCACCAAGAACCUCAGCUGUGACUCUUACCAAGCUGUGGUGAAGGAGUUUGGAGCCCAGUUUGAUCACAUGACCCUAGAGCAGCAGCAGCUGGUUCUGAAGAAGCUGGUCAUCCCCUUCCUGUCUCGACCCACAACAGACUCUGGCUGUGUGUACAACUCUAACAGCAGUGUGGACUGGCUGCAGAAGAACUUGGGGCCAUUCUCAGUUCUUGUGUCCCUCAGGGACCUGCUAGAAUUCAACACAGACUUCUCUCCUUUGUCAGUCCUGGAGGUUCUCUCUCCAAAGCAGACAGCAGAGCUGGUGGUGUUGCCUCUUCCUGGUCUUCCAGGGAAAGCUGUCAUCAUCAACACAGUGUUUGACUACCUGUCUAAGUCACCAAAGGAGAGGAAACUCCCUGAGUUCCUGUACUACCUCGUCAGGCUCUCUGAAGAGAUGAUGCUACCAUGCGAUAGCUUUAAGACCAUCUUUGAGCGUCUGUACCAGGCCUUACCGUCUGUACCUCCAGAGAUGGAACCAGUCAUUCAGGCCAUUAUAGACAACCUGAUGCAGACCGCUCCAGCAGAUUGCUUGCCGAUGAAUAUGAAGUGUCCAAUAACACCAGCGAACGUUAGCAGAGUCUGUGAAGGAAAUGCCAGUGAUUCACUACAAAGUUAUUUGGCGACAUCAAAUACAGCGAACGUGCCCUGUAACUUUUCCCUGGAGGAGUAUGCCUGUGCAUCGCUGACAAACUUCACUGCAGAACACCUGGUGUCUCUUCUGAAAUGUAAACUGCCUGGCAACUCCUCUCACUCUAAAGAGACCUGGAAGGUUCUCCUCACCAAACUGACCUCUGUCUUAGACCAAGCUCUGGACAUGUUCUCCAAUAUGUCCAAACCUGUGAUUGGCCCUGCAGUAUCCCAGGCACUGGAUGUGAUUGGAGAGAUCCGGGUCAACAGGCUGACUGACGAUCAGUUGAGAGACAGUGAUGUCAUCAGGAAGUGGUUCUCUGGGCGUCUGAGACUGUUCCUGCCGUCUGCAUCAGGAGGGUUUCUGCACUGCCUCAGCACCAAGAACCUCAGCUGUGACACGUAUCAACAGAUACUGAGGGAGUUCAGCAAUCAAAUCGACCAAAUGGACCAGAAGAGACAAGAGCUGGUGGUCAAAUACUUCAUCCAGCCCUUCCUGACCAAAAACUCCUCAGACUCUGGCUGUGUGUCCAACUCUAACAGCAGUGUGGACUGGCUGCAGAAGAACUUGGGGCGGUUUUCAGUCCUGCUGUCCCUUAGCGACCUGUUGAAACUCAACACAGACUUCUCUCCGUUGUCAGCCCUGGAGGUUCUCUCUCCAAAGCAGACUGCAGAGCUGGUGGUGUUGCCUCUUCCUGGUCUUCCAGGGAAAGAUGUCAUCAUCAACACAGUGUUUGACUACCUGUCUAAGUCACCAAGGGAGAGGAAACUCCCUGAGUUCUUGUACCACCUCUCCAGGCUGUCUGUGGUGACUCCAGUCGGCUGCCCAGUUUACCAGACCAUUUUUGUGAGGCUGUACCAAGCCAUGUCAGCAUUGCCUCAAGAGAUGGAGCCAAUCAUCUGGGCCAGUGUUUAUGACCUCACAGAAUCUGCACCAAUGGAUUGUGCUCUGGUACCAGUUAACCAACAGUGUCCAGUGUCAUCGCACAAUGCAACAAGAAUCUGUGCCAGUGUUGACAGUUCAUCUCUACAACAGCUCUUGGACUCUGGGAUCUCAACGGGACGUCUAUGUGACUUCAGCAUCAAACAAUACGCCUGCUCACAGCUGAAAGACCUCACAGCUGAGAACCUGGUCACACUGCUGAAAUGUAAACUAUCAGAGAACAACACAUACUCCAAAGAGACCUGGAAGCUGUUCUUCACUAAAGCUUCUGCAGUUCUGGAUCAGGCUCUUGUACUUCUCUCUCCAACCAGGUACGUCUGA